AUGCUGUUCCGCUUCCGGGCGCAACAAGCUGCGGAUAUGGGCAUCAUCGACAUCAGUCGCACUCGGCGCCCGAAAGCCAUCCAGACAGUCGACAACGUCGCCAUGUGCGAGCGGUGGCGCGGGCAGGUCCUCCGCGAAGUGUCCCGCAAGGUAUCGCGCAUCCAAGAGCAGAGUCUGAGCGACUACCAGAUCCGCGACCUCAACGACGAGAUCAACAAGCUCAUGCGUGAGAAAUGGGCAUGGGAGAUGCAGAUUCGGAAUCUGGGCGGGCCCAACUACAUGCGCGGAACGGGUCGAGUGUACGAUGACGAGGGGCGUGAGAUCCCCGGCGGUGGCAAGGGUUAUCGAUACUUUGGUCGGGCGAGGGAGUUGCCUGGUGUUAAGGAAAUGUUUGAGGCUGCUGUUCGGGGCAAACGGCCGCCCGAGGAAGAGGAUGCGGCGCCCGGAAGGGGUGGUGAUAUUGCGACUAAGAAGGUCGAUGCGAAUUACUUUGGCUAUGGACUGGACGAGGAGGAUGGAACUCUAUUGCUGUACGAGAGGCAGAAGGAGAAGGAAGCUGUGGAGCACCUGCGUGGUCAGGGUGACGAUGACGUCGAGGAUGGAUGGGAGUCGUUGCCCGGUGACGCUGGUGAUGGCGUGGAAUGGCGGCUUCCCACGCUCGAGGAAGUGCAAGAAGAGCUUGUGGAUCGGAGGCGACGACGACUGCUGGACAAGAUCACUUGA